AUGGCUUUCAGUCUUCCAGUGAGAGUCGCAACACCACCGAGUCUCGUACUCGACCCGAUCUUCUCUCUCCUCUAUGAGGACAAUGAGGCCAGCUUGGCCCAUUUCAUCGACAAUAAGGCGCCUCUCCCGCUCAACGGAGUGAUCAAUGACCCAAGGGUCAUGGAGUACCUUCUGACUCGUGAGCCGGGUCCAAAGGUCGAGUACAAGAACCUCCGACCGGCCCUUGCUGCGUUGCGCCCGUUCCUGUCCGCCUCGCCCCAUGGGAGGAAGCUCAUGGCCUUCUACAAACAACUUCUGCAGCUCCAGGGUCGCUGGGCCAUUGCGGCGGCCGAAAUGGCCACAUUUGACCUGUACGUCAAGUUCUACCAGGUCCUCUUCAUCGACCACGGUGACAAGAAGCUCGUCGACCACGUCGUCAAGAUGGUGCCGGAUGCCGCCUACAAGAUAGCAACCUACACCACCGGCAACCGUGACCAAUUCACCACGAUGGCCAAGGCCGAAAAGCAGCGUCUGGUCAAGAACACCCGCGCCGCCGCCCAAAAGCUGUUCGAUUUCAAGGCUUCCAAGGGCUUCUUCCAGCAGCACGGCAAACUGGUCGCUGCCAUUGAACGUUCCGAGAAGCAGCUCAAGGCAUGCCGGGAGAAGGCGGUUCGUCGCAGACGCGAGGCCGUGGAGAGGAGAGCGGCUGCCUUAGCGGCUGCCCAAGGACACAACGAGGCCACGCUCACCAGACAGAUGGGAAUGGCCGGCAUGACACCGCAUGUCCCGCAGGUGGAAAACUCGGUGGUUGAUUGGACUCAGGAGGUGUCCAGUGCCUGCUUCGCCGUAGAAGCAGAGCCCGGCCAACCUUGA